GGCUCUGCCCCCUCCGCCACCUGGGUGGUCCUGGUCCUGCCCCGCCCCCCGCGGCGCCGUCGCCUAGCAGCGAGCGAGGCCCCCACAGCCAAUGGGAGCUUGAUCGUCCUCCGGGCCCGCCCUCUCCCCUCCCUUUUCUGGGGCUGCUGCUGCCGCUGUUUGAACAGAGCAAACUGAACCGUGCAGCAGACGGCCGAGGCUGGGGCCGGCUGCACACGGAGGAUGGAACCCGAGCCCGAGCCGCCGUGCCGGUAACGCGGGGUUGCCCGGCCCGGCAUGGCCCCGGGGGAGCUACUGACCUCCGGCCCCGCGGCCCCCUCCCAGGGCCGGGCCCCCCUCUGGCUGCGCGCCCACGUGGGCAGCCUGCUCUUCGGCCUGGGUUGCGCGAUCCAGCGGCACUGUGGCAAGGUGCUCUUCGUGGGGCUGCUGGCCUUCGGAGCCCUUGCGCUUGGUCUGCGUGGAGCUGCCGUGGAGACGGACCUGGAGCGCCUCUGGGUGGAAGUGGGCAGCAGGGUGAGCCAGGAGCUGCGCUACACGAAGGAGAAACUUGGGGAAGAGGCCGUGUACACGUCACAGACCCUAAUCCAAACUGCCCGCCAUGCCAGCGAGAACAUCCUCACCCCUGAGGCUCUGGGUCUCCAUCUGCAGGCCACCCUGGCAGCCAGCAAAGUACAAGUGUCCCUCUAUGGAAAGUCCUGGGAUUUGAACAAAAUCUGCUACAAGGCAGGGGUCCCUGUCAUUGAGAAUGGGAUGAUUGAGAGGAUGAUUGAGAAACUCUUUCCCUGCGUGAUCCUCACCCCGCUGGACUGCUUUUGGGAGGGAGCCAAGCUGCAGGGGGGCUCUGCAUAUCUACCGGGCCGGCCUGAUAUUCAGUGGACCAACCUGGACCCAGAGCAGCUCCUGGAAGAACUAGGCCCCUUUGCCUCCCUUGAGGGCUUCCGUGAGCUGCUGGACAAGGCCCAGGUGGGCCAGGCCUACGUGGGACGGCCCUGCCUGCACCCUGACGACCCCCAUUGCCCAGCCAGUGCCCCCAAUCACCACAGCAGACAGGUCCCAGACGUUGCCCGAGAGCUGAGUGGCGGCUGCCAUGGCUUCUCACGAAAGUUUAUGCACUGGCAGGAGGAGCUGCUGCUGGGCAGCCCGGUGAGGAGCCCUCAGGGCCGGCUGCUCAGUGCGGAAGCCCUACAGAGUACCUUCCUGCUCAUGAGUCCGCGGCAGCUGUACGACCACUACCGAGGAGACUAUGAGACCCACGACAUCAGCUGGAGCGAGGCCCAGGCUAGUGCUGUGCUCCAGGCCUGGCAGAGGCGCUUUGUGGAGCUGGCACAGCAGUCAGUGCCCCAGAAUGCAUCUCAGCAGAUCCACGCCUUCUCCGCCACCACCCUGGAUGACCUCUUGCGCUCCUUCUCAGACAUCAGUGCAGUCCGUGUGGCUGGGGGCUACCUCCUCAUGCUGGCCUAUGCGUGUGUGACUAUGCUGCGCUGGGACUGCUCCAAGUCCCAGGGGGCCGUGGGCCUGGCUGGAGUCCUGCUGGUUGCACUAUCUGUGGCCUCAGGCCUCGGCCUCUGCUCUCUGCUGGGCAUGACCUUCAAUGCUGCUACGACUCAGGUGCUUCCAUUCCUGGCACUGGGCAUCGGUGUGGACGAUAUGUUUCUGCUGGCCCACGCUUUCACCGAGGCCCCGCCGGGCACCCCCUUGCAGGAGCGGACAGGCGAGUGCCUGCAGCGCAUGGGCACCAGUGUGGUGCUCACUUCCGUCAACAACCUGGUGGCCUUCUUCAUGGCUGCGCUGGUCCCCAUCCCCGCCCUUCGGGCCUUCUCCCUACAGGCUGCUGUGGUGGUCAGCUGUAAUUUCACGGCCGUUCUGCUCAUCUUUCCGGCCAUCCUCAGCCUGGAUCUGCACCGGCGCCAUCGGCAGCGGCUGGACGUGCUCUGCUGCUUCUCCAGCCCCUGCUCGUCUCGCGUGAUUCAGAUCCAGCCCCCAGAGCUGGGCGAGAGCCAGAUGGCCAGAGGGGGGGCUCACCUCACGACGACGGUCCAGGCCUUCGCCCGCUGUGAUACUGCAGGCCAGCAUGUGGUCACCAUCCUGCCCCCCACGACUCACCUGGCCCCUCUGCCCACCGAGCCCCUGGGCUCCCAGCUCUUUGGCCCCGUGGGUUCGACCAGAGACCUGCUGGGCCAGGUGGCUGGGCCAGGACGGGGCCAGGUGUGCCGGCCACUCCCUUGUGCCCGCUGGAACCUAUCUCGAUUUGCCCGCUGUCAGUACGCCCCCCUGCUGCUCCAGCCGCGAACCAAGGGCCUGGUUCUAGUGCUCUUUGGGGCCCUGCUGGGUUUGAGCCUGUACGGAGCCACCUGGGUCCAGGACGGGCUGACCCUGACGGACGUGGUGCCCCGGGGCACCAAGGAGUACGACUUCCUGGCCGCCCAGAUCAAGUACUUCUCCCUGUAUGAGGUGGCGCUCGUGACCCAGGGGGGCUUCGACUAUGCCCGCUCUCAGCGGGCCCUGCUGGACCUACACAGCCGCUUCAGCGCCCUCAAGUCCGUGCUGGCGCCGCAGCCUCCGCGGAGCUGGCUCCAUCGCUACAGUGCCUGGCUCCAGGGGAUCCAGGCCGCCUUUGACCAAGACUGGGCAGCUGGCCGCAUCACACGCCACUCGUGCCGCAACGGUUCUGAGGAUGGAGCCCUGGCCUACAGGCUGCUGAUCCAGACAGGAGAUGCCAAGGAGCCCCUGGACUACAGCCAGCUGGACAAGCGGAAGCUUGUGGAUGCAGAAGGACUCGUCCUACCUGAGCUCUUCUACGUUGGGCUGACCGUGUGGGUGAGCAGAGACCCCCUGGGCCUGGCUGCCUCCCAGGCCAACUUCUAUCCCCCUCCCCCCGAGUGGCUCCACGACAAAUACGACAGCGCGGGCGAGAGCCUACACAUCCCUGCGGCCCAGCCCCUGGAGUUUGCCCAAUUCCCCUUCCUGCUGAGCGGACUCCGACAGACUGCGGACUUUGUGGAGGCCAUCGAGGGGGCCCGGGCCGCCUGUGCCGAGGCAGGCCGGGCGGGGAUAUGGGCCUACCCCAGCGGCUCCCCCUUUCUCUUCUGGGAACAGUACCUGGGCCUCCGGCGCUGCUUCCUGCUGGCCAUCUGCGUGCUGCUGGCCUGCACCUUCGUGGUCUGUGCCUUGCUCCUGCUCAGCCCCUGGACAGCUGGCCUCAUUGUGCUGGUGCUGGCCAUGAUGACCGUGGAACUGUUUGGCAUCAUGGGCUUCCUGGGCAUCAAGCUGAGCGCCAUCCCUGUGGUGAUCCUCGUGGCCUCCGUGGGCAUCGGUGUCGAGUUCACGGCUCACGUGGCUCUGGGCUUUCUGACCGCCACGGGCAGCCGGGAUGCGCGCUCGGCGCAGGCCUUGGAGCACAUGUUCGCCCCCGUGAUGGACGGGGCUGUAUCCACGCUGCUGGGGCUGCUCAUGCUGGCCGGCUCCGACUUCGAUUUCAUCGUCAGGUACUUCUUUGUGGUGCUGACGGUUCUGACGGGCCUGGGACUACUCCAUGGACUCGUCCUGCUGCCCGUGCUUCUGUCCAUCCUGGGGCCCCCCGCCCAGGUGUCUCUGCCCAAAGGAGGCAGCCGCCAGCCCUGCCCCGACCCGGGGUCCCUGCCUCUCGGUCCUGCUCACUUCUUCCUGGGCCCGAGCCCAGGCUUCAGGGCGCCCGAGAGGGGGGCAGGGGAUGCCUCGAGCACCUUCAUCCUGCCCCCAGCCCGCUCCCACAUCCUGGUGGAGGCCGGCAAGGACCCCAGCUUCCCAACCAUCACGGUGGUCCAGACCUACAAGGACAGCCCUCCUGGCCCUGGCCUCCCCCCCCUCACGGCCUCCGGGGGGGCCGAGGCCCGCUGGGGGCCUCACGCGAGCCCCGGCGCCUUCACCACCCUGACGGCCUCAGUCACGGUGGCCCUGCACCCGCCCCCGCUGCCGGGCAGCUACGUCCAGGAGGUCUCUGAGGAGCCCAAGGGCCCCGGCGCCCGCUGCUAGGAAGGUCCUGGCAGCAUCUAUGCAAAGCAGCUGUUCCUCCAAGGGAGGAGUGAGUGUGUGUGUGCGGGAGAGAGUGCGAGAGUGUGUCCCCGCCCCCCAGCCGCCUGGGGUCUGUCCAUCUGUCUGUCUGUGUCCGUGCCCGCCCCUGUCCUGCCCCAAAGUUAUUUAUAUGAAGAGGUUUAUUUUUGUAAAGCUGAUGGCUCAGCUGUAAAUCUUAUUUUUAAAGAGUAAAUAUAUACAUAUCUAUUCUC